UGUUCUCAGGCUGGUUGUCAUUGAAGGUAUUGUACCAAUCAGUAAAUUGUUCGCGAGGUUAAGCUCAAUCAGUGAGGUCACUGUGGUUGGAAAACUUGGAAUUUUACCACUGAUCUUCUUGCCCUCCAAAUUCACAUUGGUUCAUCAGGCUAGAAAAUGCAGAUGGAAUGGAUCCACUGAGAUAGUUCUCUUGAAGCUUCAGAACUUCCAGCUUCUCAAGGUUACCAAAUUCACUGGGCACUGGACCUUCCAGUUUAUUAUGCGCAAGGUUCAAGAGGGUCAAGUUCUUGCAGUUGCCAAGUUGCAAAGGUAUAUUUCCAACCAUCUUGUUGUCAUCCAACUCAAGGUAAACCAUGCCCAAGGCAUCACCAAUAGUGUUUGGUAUGCUUCCACUGAGCAAGUUGCUACCAAGUCUCAAGCGGUACAGGCUGUGAGAAAAGCUCCCAGUAAUCUGCCCAUCGAGCUGAUUGCUGGUGAGAUCAACAAGUUCCAACCCUGAGGGUGAGAAAAGGUCAGAGGGUAUUGUCCCACUCAGAUUGUUGUAACUUAAAUCCAAAAUCUUCACAUGCUUGGUAAUUCCAGUAGGAAUUGAACCAUUAAAAUUGUUCUUAUUAGCUGCAAACCGAGAUAAAUUCUUGAGGGUCGACAAACUUUGUGGUAUCGGCCCACCGAGAUUAUUACCAGAAAGAAGUAGAAUUUCCAGCCUUUUGAGUCUCCCGAAGUCAUUUGCAGCAUCACUGGUUAGCAUGUUCUGACUGAGAUCUAGCACGGUGAGAUUUUCAAACUGAAACAGACUAUUCGGGAUUGUACCAGUGAACUGAUUCGCAGAUAAUACCAAUUCCUUCAAAUUGAGAGGCAUGCUCAACGUCCGCAUUGAGGGGAUCCCGCCUCAUGCUUGGGGGCAGGAUGUUGAUCCUUGCGCGCUCCUGUGCUAUCCACUACGUGGAGGAGCACACUCGUCGCCGGGAGCGCACAAGGACCUACGACCUGUGGGCAUGGUGUGUGGACCCUUGCGAGAUUCCACUACGGGUCUGGCUCACCAUCGCUGAUCCUGACGCUGAGCAGCCACCGGUGGACAUCCAGCUCCCUCUCGUCCAAGUUCACCAAGAAGAGCCAACUGGAGUCAAGCAUGGGCUGAAGUAUGAGGUGUUCCCUCACGUGGCUGUGGUGGAGGACCUCACCUUCCUUGGUGAGGAUGGUGGCCAGGGUGGGCCGCCGAAUCGCAGGCCCAGGCGGCAUUUCAUCUGGAGGUAUGGUCAGCCUGACUCGCAGGGUGAAGUGCAUGGCCGCAGAGGUGAGGACCGUGGCAGGGAAGAGCAUCGCAGGAGGGAUGAUGAAGAUGACAACCAGGGCGGGCGCCAUAGGAGGCACAGGAGUGCCUCGGCUUGGGGGCGUGUCACCAGGUGCCGCAAUGGAGCGGCCGAUUGCUACAGCACCAACAUCCGGGCUUUCAACCCUCGCUAUGGCGGCUCCUACCGUUCAAGGAGUCUCAAGUGGGAGAUCAAGAAGGCCAAGGUCAACGCCAAGGUCACUCCAGCACCGACAGUCCAGAGUAAGACUAAGAAACGUGUCUCUUUCGCUGACCCAGUUGCUUCUGUCCUCGGGGAGUUCCCUAAAGUUGCAUGUGAGAACAUAAAGUCGCCUUUUGUUUUGCAACCUCCUAUCAUCCAGUCUGCUACUUGUUGCCUGCUUGCAGACACCAUGCUUGAUGAAUUCAUGCUAUGUGCCACUCAUGCAGCUGCAGGGGAGAAGCACAUGAGUCCCAACAACAUCAGAGCAGUGGAGAUCAGGAAGGAAGGGGAGCAGAACAAGGUUCCAGAAAAGAACCUAACUAUCCAGUUCAGGCUGAUCUUAGUCAAAUAGAGCUUUUAGAGGACGAGUUUACACAAAGGAGUACUCGUCUAGCUAGUAAAGCAAAAUCCAGAGUGGGCAAAGAUACUCUCACAGUAGCUCAGGACCUGCUCAUUAAAAAACUUGGUGAGCUAACCCCACAACAAGAUGAUGCCAAUGUAGUUAACAUUGAAAGUUUUUCGCAGCAUCUCGACAAGCCGAUCAACAAGGUAGAGAUGGACGCCAUCCAGGAGCUGAUUGAGCAUGGCUCCAAGCUAGAGAAGAGGGCUGGCAAGAACAAGGUUGCAGCAAGGAAGAUGAGAGCUUCUUGAGGCGACAGGCCAUGGUUGCAGUAGGGCUGGUGUCCCCAAUGACAGCUCUAUUUGCCGUAAGGAGUAGCUUCAUGCGAAGUUGGGCCCUGUGUGGCCGUGAAGGGGUAUCAAUGCCCAUGUAUCCGAAUGAUUUAGGACCUUUCAUGCCUGCUGGCCAUGUUGCCUUCGGCAUCAGAUUUCUUCAGACUUGUGUGUUGGGUAGGGCCUGCUGGCUUUGUUGCCUUCGGCCAACUUUGAAGAUUGUAAGGGGCCUAUUGACUGUGUUAGUUAAUUCAAGACCCUGUCUCAGUGCUUCGGCAGACGUUAGUGGGGCU